AGCUUGUCUGUGGCUGGAGAACAGGACUGGUGGCCCUGGUUUCACUGGGAGAGGAGUGUUCAAAUCUCAGAAGUGUGCGAGUCCGACUCCGCAGCCGCAUCUCCCCGGGACCUUCCCAGGACUAUGAAUUGUCAAGACAUUUGUUGAUUCUCCAUGGCAGCUGCACAAACGUUCAGCCUGUCCUGUGACUCUAGGAGGCAUCAUCUCCGAUCUUUACACUCAGACCCUUCAUACAGGUGCAACAUGGGCAGCGUGAGCAGCCUGAUCGAGAAAAAUGACUUCUCACCAGAUGGCAUUAACUUGGACUUCAAGCCUAUCCCGGAUUCACACAGUCCUGGAAAUAUCUUCAAGAGGGGUCUAAAUCAACAAGAACUGCUUAGCUAUUUGAGCAUCACAAAGAAAGAUGGUAAAGGCGGCAAGAAGUUCUCCUCAGGGCUGGUAUUUCGCAGGGAACACAGCGUGGACGGAGGAGAGAAUGACUAUCCAGUUUUGUACCACAAAGAGCGCCGGGGGACAGAAUUUAGUAAAAGCUCUCUUCCAGAAAGGGGACGUUUUGAAAAGACACGUUUUGGGCAGUCUGCUUUGAAGCCAUCAAAUGCUAAGAACUUCAUGUCAAUGCAGAGCUUAUGUUCCUCAGGUGGACAUAAGUUAUCCAAAAGCAAUGGCAGCCUGAACACAUUAGGCAGUCUGAACAGUCCUCCUCGUCGUGGGCCACUAAAGUCAAACAACAUUCAUCAUAUUAAUCAGCACGAGAGUGAAAAUGAGGAGAAUGAGAUCUUGUCUGAUUCCAGGCAAAAUUCCAUAAACAGCUUUACUACUUAUAGCCCUGGGUUUAGUGUAGCUCGUGGUCAAAUCAGUGCCUCCACUGGACAUAUUAAUCAUAUUGGGGGAUCAUUAGACAGAGCAUCCCGCGGGGUGCGAGACAUGGUAUCCGAGGAGAAGAAACUAUCCUGCAAGAGUAUGGCAACCUUGAGUCGUCUACAUUGUUCUGGAGAACCUCCUCCUCCAUAUGAGUACUCUCAAUCUGUAGAAGAUGUAGCCCGUCAGCUAGAAGAAAGGCUAAAUGAAAAGGGUAUGGAACUAAGACAGCUUAGAAGGAGUCCAAGUGACAAAGAUGAUCCUUUUACUCAGGUAUUUGAAGACAAGCGUCGUCUUUGGAUGGAGGAACUUGAUGAAUUAAAACAGAUGUACAUAACUAAGCUGCAGCAGAUCUCCCAUCAGGCCCUGCGCAGCCAACGAGCCUUACAACUGCAGCUUUAUAAGGUUCAGCAGGAGAAAAAGCGCCUUCAUGAGGAGCUCAACUCCGCGAGAGCAGAGUGUGAGCAGCUAAGGCAAAAGCAGCCAACCCAGACUGAAAAUCUUAGUCCUAAACUUGAAGAAUCAAAAUGGGAGAUUUCGCAGAAGGCUGGAGAGAUUUCUUUACUGAAACAGCAGCUUAGAGACUGUCAAGCUGAGAUUACACAGAAAAUGGGGGAGAUAUUCUUGAUGAAGACUCGACUUCGGGAAACAAAAGCUUCAGCAAGAGAGAAGGAGAAAGAAUCUACAGACUUAAAAGCUCGUGUUCAGGCUUUGGAGGUUGCCAAAGAAAAAAGUGCUCAAGGAACUAUGUCUAGCAUGGAUGACUCAAAGUGGGGUCAAAAAGAUGGCUCAGAAUCUUCAGAUGUAGAGAGGCUAAAAGCAGAAUUGAUGCUGGAGAGACGUCAGAAUGAAGCACAGAUGCUGAAUUUUGAGAAUGAAAGGAAAAUCUGGAAAGAGGAAAAAGAUAAAGUGUUAAGGUACCAGAAGGAGAUCCAGGCGAGCUACCUAGAAAUGUAUCAUCGCAAUCAAGCUCUUGAGAGACAGCUUCAAGAAGUUAGACCAACUCCAGUUCACUCUCCUAGUAACCCCCCGCUUUGGAUGGAAGAAUUUAGACCAAUUCCUGUUCAGACUCCUAGUAACCCCCCGCUUUGGAUGGACGCUGUGGAAUCAUUUGAGACAACAUGAAAUAUAAAGUAGGCAGUACUUUCUGCAAGUUAGGUAAGCGCUGGUCACAGGAACAGGUGGUCUGUUUAUUUAUGAGUUCAGACAAUGGGAACUUCCACGAUUCUUCCCCGAGUCUAUUGCUUUCUGUGGAAUGGUAUUUUGAGGUAUGGAUAAACCAGAUCAGUCUCUCUAGGUUACUGUUAUUUGACCAUUAAAUUUUAAAUUGCGCUAAGUCAUUGUGACUCAAGUUGACAGAUGUUGGCAUCACCCAUCAGAUCUUCAGUUUGGUAGGACAUAAGGGAAAACCACUCAUGUACUCUUCAAUAUAUAUCUAUAUGAAAUUACUUAUUCAAUGCUAGUGAAUAAAUAUGAGACUGAACAAAUCAGACAUCCUUGGUGCACAUUGUGAACUGAAAAUUGACAUUGACACAACUAUGGCUGGAGGAUAUUAGUCCAUGCCUAGAGAACAAUGCAGCACUUUAUCUAUUGCCUCAGGUGACUUGUUUAUUGAGGCUUGAGAAAAUGUUGAUUUCUUUUUAGAGCUGUGAAGACAAACCUAUAUUUGUAGGAGCUUGGAAUACAAUGUACAGCAAUUUAAUAACUGGAUGCAGUUUGAGGACUGGGCCAAUACACUCCUUGGUCUGGCUGAAUAUCGUCAUGGUGAAUAAUACAAGAAGCAUAGCUUUAGUAGUCAGAAAUGACUAGGUUCAGCUGGCUUGUUUGACGGAGGUGGCUCCUCUACCCUUUUAGGAGUCUGCUUACAGUAUUUCUUAAGAUUCCAAAACUGGUUAUUCGGGACCAGUCACAUGUAAUGUUAUAGUCAAGCAGUGGUUAGGAAUCUGUCCAAACAUAAAGGCAAGUCAAAGAAAAUGGCCUAUUAAUUUGGGAAGUAGGUGACAGACAGGAAUUGUUUGAAGUGACUAAUUUAUUUUUUUCAUGGCUCUUAACCUAGUAUACCAUAGUAUCAGGUGAAAAGAUGACCUGUCAGCUCUUCUGACAUGACUAUGUGAGUAAUUACUUGUAUUUUUAGUGGCUUUUCUGUGAACUCUACGUUUUGCCGCUCCUCAGUUAUUCCUCCCAUUGUCAAGAGGAUGUGCCCCUACACCGUCUGACACUGUGAACAGUGUCACUGAAUAAGCCCCCAUUGCCAAAAUUAUGGUAAAACCCAGUUGUCUAUUUAUUCAUACAUUUUCCAUUCCGAACAAGAGAGGAACAGAACCGUGCAGAGUUAUAAGAAACAAUGCAUCAGAUUUCUUAUUCUGUAAGUAUAUCAUACCUCCGAAUGAUAUAAACCUGUGGCGAACCCAGUAAAAAAAAUAAAAAUAAAAAUUCCCUGAACAGUGAGUGAAACAAGGUGCUGUAAUGUCCG